AUGCCACUAAGACUUCGUCGAAAGCGUAUUUUAAUCAUAUCUAUUAUAUCGAUUAUUCUUAUUAUUUACUUCACUAAAAAUCAUUCGGAAAAGCAGACAAAUAACGAAGAUGAUUUAUUGGAUAAACCAAUAAAGAAACAUGAUAAACGAUCUGUUAAUAAAUUAGAUGAUGCAACUACGAGAAAAUCUCAAUAUCAAACACGAACAGUUCGAGAAGCAUUCGUUCAAAUUGAUGGAAAAACAUUGAGAAAAAUUGAUUGGCAUGAUUAUGAAAUGAUUGCUCGUGAAAAUGCUCGAAAAGGACUAGGUGAGGGAGGAAUAGGAGUUGAACCAAGUGCAAAAGAACGGAAUAGUGCAGAAUUCAAGCAACUUUAUCGAGAGAAUGGAUUUCAUGCUUUUAUUUCGAAUAAUAUUUCACUUGAUCGUUCUGUUAAAGAUAUUCGUCAUCCCGAAUGUCAAAACAAAUUAUAUCUAGCUGAAUUACCUUCUGUUAGUAUCAUUAUUCCUGUUCAUGACGAACAUUUAAGAACAUUACUACGAUCAGUAUAUAGUAUAUUAAAUCGAACACCAGCAAAACUUCUCAAAGAAAUCAUUCUUGUCGAUGAUGCUAGUGGCAAAGAGGACUUGAAAGGACCACUUGAUGCUCAUGUUGCUAAUCUAACCAAGACACGUAUAGUUCAUCUUCAUCGACGUGAAGGUCUUAUUCGUACAAGAUUAGUUGGUGCACGUGAAGCUAAAGGUGAAAUUCUUAUUUUCUUUGAUUCACAUAUCGAAGUUAAUACUAAUUGGUUACCACCAUUAAUUGAGCCUAUUGUAAUAAAUUAUAAAACAAGUGUCUGUCCGUUUAUUGAUAUUAUUAAAUGGGAAAAUUUUGCUUAUAUUGCUCAAGAUGAAGGUGCUCGGGGUGCAUUUGAUUGGGGUAUGUUUUAUAAACGGUUACCUUUACUGCCUGAGCAAGCAAAAAGUCCAACAGAACCAUUCGAAAAUCCAGUAAUGGCUGGUGGUCUAUUUGCUAUUAAUAAAAAAUGGUUUUGGGAAUUAGGUGGUUACGACACGGGUCUCGAUAUAUGGGGUGGUGAACAAUAUGAAAUGUCAUUUAAAAUUUGGCAAUGCGGUGGACGACUUGUUGAUGCUCCAUGCUCAAGAGUUGGUCACAUUUAUAGGCAAUUUAAUCCUCAUGGUGGUUUUGCAUUUGGUGAUUUUUUAUCAAGAAAUCAUAAACGAGUAGCAGCAGUAUGGAUGGAUGAAUAUGCUGAAUAUGUUUAUAACCGAAAUGGAAAUAUGAGAAACGUAAAACCAGGUGAUAUAAGCAAACAACUGGAACUACGUAAAAAAUUAGAGUGUAAAUCAUUUAAAUGGUUUAUGGAGAAUGUUGCAUAUGAUCUACCUCUAUAUUAUCCACCUGUUCCUUUACCUCCGUAUGCUCAAGGAGAAAUUCGUAAUUGGAACAGUUCUCUAUGUAUAGAUACAAAACAUGGUGGUGAACAUGCAACAUUUGGUCUUAAUCUAUGUCUUAGAGAUGAGCAGGGUAGAAGUGGUGAACAAGAGUUCGAACUUAGUUGGCGUCAAGAUAUUAGACCGAUAGGUCGUGAAUUAUGUUUUGAUGUACCCAAUAGAAGCGAGCGUGCACCUAUUAUCCUUUUCACUUGUCAUGGUAUGCGUGGCAAUCAACAUUUUGCAUACGAUAUAAAUAACCAUCAUAUUAUACAUGUAUCUACACAUUUAUGUCUGAAUUGUGAUUUAGACAGUAGACUGAUUUUUAUGGAAAAAUGUGAUGGAAAAAGUAAAACUCAACGAUGGUCCUUUUAUUCUUACAACGAAACGCUAAUUCUCAAAGAUAUGAAACAAUUUCUUUAA